GAAUGAAACUGAAAGGGCCCUCCAAAGGAACAGAUUUAUAGGGGUCCCGAUAAGGUGCCUGACGCUGGGGGAAGGAAAGAAGAACAAAAAGACCCUCGCACCCUCUUAAUAUUGUAGGUGGUCGCCCCCUGGAGUUCUCUAUCCCAUCACGUGGCUCGGAGUCGGGCUGCUGUGCGCUGCGAGCGGAAAGCCAACUCCCCAGAGCGUCAGGCCCCGCGCUAGUCACCCCAAGCGAAGGGGUCCUGGGGCCACGUCAGGACCCGAGGAUAACGGCGACGAUGGCGGCGAGCGGGCAGAGUUGGUUUGCUCCAGCGUUCGGGCUGCGGCUGCUGCUGGUGUCGGUGCUGCAAGCGAUAUCUGCGCAGGGAUCUGAAUUAUCAUCAGAAGCAUGCAGAGACUUGGGCUUCUCCAGCAAUUUGCUCUGUAGCUCUUGUGAUCUUCUUGGACAGUUUAGCCUAACUCAGCUGGAUCCUGAUUGCAGAGGAUGCUGCCAGGAAGAAGCACAGUUUGAAACCCGAAAGCUGUAUGCAGGAGCUAUUCUUGAAGUAUGCGGAUGAAAACUGGGCCGGUUCCCCCAAGUCCAGGCUUUUGUCAGGAGCGACAAACCCAAGCUGUUCAGGGGUCUCCAAAUCAAGUAUGUUCUUGGGUCAGACCCUGUGCUAAAGCUGUUGGAUGACAGUGGGAACAUUGCUGAAGAACUAAGCAUCCUCAAGUGGAACACGGAUAGUGUAGAAGAAUUCCUUAGUGAAAAACUAGAGCGUAUUUAAAAUGGGCAUUCACUUGUGUAUAUCAUUUAUCUGUAGUACCAAUCAUUGUAACCUUCCAUCGCCUUACUGUACCUGCAUUAAGUGCUUUCUCCUUUGAAUUGAAUGUAACAAGUUGGCUGACUGUAUGAAGAGUCUGUUUUAAGAUAUUCUCACUCUAGUUAUUGCCACUGAUGAGACGCUUUGUAACAAAUUGUAAUUAAUUAUGCAAAUGAUAAAAAGUGUUAUAAUUGGACCGGUUCUACAAACUGUAGACUUAAAAAUUAGGGAGUUGAAUAAGGAAAUGAUAAUCAUGUCUCGUCUGUAUGCUGUGCUCCUUUGUAAACGAUGGCUGGAAGUCACAAGCACAUAUGAUGUUCUCUGCCUCAAACAUUACUGCCAAUGACCUCUUCGCUUUUGUGAUACCCCUGCUUUCUUUUUAAUAGAAAUAUUGUCAUUUAUAAUGAAUGCUAGUUCAGAAAACGUUUCAUCAUGGUGCAUGGAUUCAGCAUUUGUAGCAUUCUGUGAAACAUUCAAGAGAAGUGCACGUUAGUGACGAUCACACAGAAAACCCACGAGGACUUGUGUAGAUCUGAUGUUUGGUGUAUUCUUUUCAGUGUUUGACUUUGCUACAGUGAAUGAGUCCCCCCCAAAAAAGAUUCAUUUAUUAAACUGAACUAGAAUUUAAAA